AUGGGUGAUUGUGCGUUUUGCAGGGAGGGCGCGCAAUCGGGGAGUCCCCCUCCGCAUGAAUUGUCGCAGAAGCAAGCCCUCGCCUUCUGGUUUGCAGCCUUUGGGACGAGCGCACUGAUCUUCCUGCAGACGUGGUCCACGGAGCGCCACCCCCACACCAUCGACUUCGGGUCCGGCCUGUCUCGCGCGCACUAUGAGAUGCUGGGUGGCCUGGAUGACAUCAGUCUGCCAGCCCAGGAGGCACAGCAGCGGGCGGCUGCCGCUUUUGACUCUGCAGUAGCCAGGGAGGUGGCCGCGCCCACUCUUACCAACUACACGAUCUGGCUGUACUCUGUGGUGGCAGCAGACCACGAGGGCGCUGCAAUUCUGCCACACUGGAUUCGGCACUACGUGGGGCUGGGCAUCCCCGCGGACAAGAUCUUCCUCCUGGUCCACCACAAUCCCAUGAAGUGGGUGCUGGCCCUGUCGGGGUUGUGGAGGGUGUGGCUGGGUCCCUACAGCGGCGCCCAUGAGAUGCGGCAAAAACUCAUCCUGCUGAAUGGGCUGGUCACCAGCCUGGACGACUGGAUUGUGGUGGCCAACUCGGAUGAGUUCCAGAGCUAUGGAGAAUAUAGCAUACCCCAGCACCUGGCCGCUGCCGACGCAGUGGGGGCCACCUACGUCUGGGGCAUCCUCAGGGACAGGCUUUCUUAUGACGGCACGCUGCAGCCCCUGCGCAGCGACGUGCCCAUCCACGAGCAGUAUCCCUGGGACUGUGCGGUGGUAGGCGCUGCCAGCACCGGCCCCACCCGGAAGGUGGCUGCCUACAAAGCCUUCCUCCGUACAGACCAGGAGGACCGCAGCGUGAUCAGCCCCCACGAGGCCCCGCUGUACUACGGCGCCGGCGGGCUGGCCAAGGAUGGCUGGCAGGAGGACGGCGAGGACGACGGGGACCUGUACCACCUCACGCCCUACUCCCAGUACCCCCACCGGUACGUCACCCAGGAAAAUGCGCUGGUGCCCAAGUGGGGGGUCACUGCGGCGCCUGCCAACGUCCUCACCUUCCACUUCAAGUGGCUCGCCUCUGCGGUGCAGAAGCUGAGGGACCGGCUGGCGCACCACCGCGGCAGCAGUGUGCGGGGCCUGCUAGCGCGCGCCUCGCAGUAUCGGGAGACGAAGCGGGUGCUGGCGGCGCUGGAUGCGGGGUCGGUGCCGCGCCUGGACGUGAGGGCCUUUGCCUGCCGAUGGGGGUCGCAGCGUCCCGCGCCCCGCGCCCGGCUGGCGCUGACGCAGCGCGAGGCUGGCGGCACGCUGGUGGGCGGCCUGCAGGCGGUGCCCGAGGCGGACGAGGUGGGGGAGGAGGAGGGGGCCCGCCACCUCCGGUACUUGGAAGCCCGGCGGUGA